AUGGCUAAAGAUCAAUUGCAAGUACUAAAUGCACUAGAUGUAGCCAAAACACAAUUAUACCAUUUCACUGCAAUAGUAAUUGCUGGAAUGGGAUUUUUUACUGAUGCCUAUGACCUAUUUUGCAUUUCACUAGUCACAAAAUUACUUGGCCGAAUUUACUAUCAUCACGAAAAUGCACCAAAACCAGGUAUUCUUCCUCCUCCUAUCGCCGCUGCAGUUAACGGUGUCGCGUUUGUUGGUACUCUUUCGGGGCAACUGUUUUUCGGCUGGCUAGGUGAUAAAUUAGGAAGAAAAAAAGUUUAUGGAAUGACACUUAUGCUUAUGGUUAUUUGUUCAAUAGCUUCUGGACUUUCAUUUGGUAAAACACCUAAUGGUGUUAUAGCCACUUUAUGUUUUUUUCGAUUUUGGCUUGGUUUUGGUAUUGGUGGCGAUUACCCUUUAUCCGCGACGAUUAUGUCUGAAUAUGCAAAUAAAAAAACUCGUGGGGCUUUUAUUGCUGCUGUUUUUGCAAUGCAAGGUUUUGGUAUUUUAACAGGCGGAAUAGUUGCUCUUAUUAUUGCUGGUGCAUUUAAAAAUGCUUACCCUUCACCGAUUUAUUCAGUAAACCCUAAAGAUUCAACACCACCUGAAGCUGAUUAUGUUUGGAGAAUUAUUGUUAUGUUUGGUGCAAUUCCAGCUUUACUUACUUAUUAUUGGCGAAUGAAGAUGCCUGAAACAGCACGUUACACGGCCUUAGUCGCGAAAAAUGCUGAAAAAGCUGCUGCUGAUAUGUCCAAAGUAUUGAACGUUGAAAUUGAAGUAGAGAACAAUAAAGUUGAAGAAAAAGGAAAUAAUUUUGGUUUGUUUACUAAGGAAUUUCUUCGUCGUCAUGGACUUCACUUGCUAGGAACAACAAGUACAUGGUUUUUAUUAGACAUUGCUUUUUACAGUCAGAAUCUUUUUCAGAAAGAUAUAUUUAGUAAAAUUGGAUGGAUUCCUCAUGCAGAAACGAUGAAUGCAUUAGAUGAAGUUUUCAAGAUUGCAAAGGCGCAGACUCUUAUUGCACUUUGUAGUACUGUUCCAGGUUACUGGUUUACAGUAGCAUUUAUCGAUAAAAUGGGUCGAUUUGCUAUACAAUUAAUGGGAUUCUUUUUCAUGACAGUGUUCAUGUUUGCUUUAGCCAUUCCAUAUAAUCACUGGACACAAAAAGAAAACAGAAUAGGGUUUGUUAUCAUGUAUUCACUUACCUUUUUCUUCGCGAAUUUUGGUCCAAAUGCAACAACAUUUGUUGUACCCGCGGAGAUUUUUCCAGCUAGGUUAAGAUCAACGUGCCACGGAAUAUCAGCAGCAGCUGGAAAAGCUGGAGCAAUUGUUGGGGCAUUUGGAUUUUUAUAUGCAGCUCAAUCUACUGAUCCAUUAAAGGUUGAUGCUGGUUAUCCAACUGGUAUAGGUGUGAAAAAUGCACAUAUUGUUCUUGGUUGUGUUAAUUUACUUGGAAUGUUAUUUACAUUCUUGGUGCCAGAAUCCAAAGGAAAAUCAUUGGAGGAAAUGUCUAAGGAAAAUGAAGGAGAAGAAGAAAAUUAUGAAAAAGAAACUAAGGCAGAGAAUGCACAAACAAUUCCAGUUUAA